AUGACAUUCCCUCCCCCCUCCUUAACCUCCCUCGCUGCCGAAAUCGCAUCCAUCCUCAAAGCCCGCAAGGAAACCAUCGCCAUAGUCGAAACGGCGUGUGGAGGGUUGAUUUCGAGUACCUUGUUGAGUGUGCCGGGCGCUAGUGCCUAUUAUAAGGGUGGGGUUACGUUGUAUACGCUUGAGUCACGUAUCGCAUUCGGUGGGUGGACAGAAGACGAUCUCAAAACCUACGACGGCCCAACCCCUACAAUCUGCGAACGUCUCGCCUCCCACCUCCGCCUCACCCUCCCCACCCCACCAACAUACAUCCUCGCCGAAUCCGGCACCGCAGGUCCAACCCCCUCCGGCGUCUCCUCCCUCGCACCCAAGAAAAAUCGUCAACCGGGGUAUUGCGCGAUGGCAAUCGUGGGACCAGGGGGCCAGGUGUUGAGGAGUGUGGACUUUGAGACGGGGGGCGUGGAGAGGAGCGGCAAUAUGGUCGGGUUUGCGGAGGGCUGUUUGAGGGAGUUGCGCGCGGUUUUGGAGUGA